AGUCCUCUCGCCACCUCUUCCCAUCCCGACUCGAUCCGCUUCUCUCUCCUCUCGGUCGCUCCCUCUCUCUCUCUCUCUCUCUCUCUCUCUCUCUCUCUCUCUCUCUAGGAUUUAACGGCGGGUUUUAGCUCCUCCCGUUUCAAAUCCUCAACGGUCGACCGAAUUCUAGUUCCCUUCUCACCUUCUCCACUCGAUCGGUGAAUUCCCCUGUUUCAUUAACCCUAGAUUUUUCAUCUUCUAGAGCUCAAUCGAUCUCGCAGUCGUGAUCCGUGGCGCUCUCUAGCAAGGUUCACGGAGAGAUGGAUUUGUGGCCAGUGGAUCAUUCGGUGAGUUCUUGAGCAUCUCCGAACUCAUCUUUGGUUCCUUCUCUCGUUCUUGUUUCGAAUGCUAUUGAAUCUAAGGUUUUCCAACCGAACUUAGUUCGAAACCCUCGUUCGAGAUCUCUCGGAUGGUUAUACUGCGGUUGAAGGUGGGGAGAUACUGAAUUUGAGGGCCAAUAAUAAUAUGAUUAAUUAGAUAUGAGCAAUGGUGGUAGGGAAAGUAGAGGUCUCAAUCAUAAAGAACAAAAGAUAAGCAACACCUCCGGUGGCGAUGAGUUUGUCCGUGCCAUUGCGACGAUCGCUAUUGCACAGAUUUUGGAGUCCACUGGUUUCCACAGCUCUCAUCGUUCGUCUACCGAUGCUCUCGUGGAGGUCUUGAUCCGAUAUAUAGCUGAUCUGGGGAGAGCUGCAACUUUUCAUGCUAAUGUAUCGGGUAGAACGAGCUGCAAUGUGUUUGAUGUCUUACAGGGGUUGGAGGAAUUCGGUUUGUCGCAGGGGUCUUCUGGUGCAUCGGAUUUCCACUGUUGCGCAGUGAGUUCUGGUGUUGUUCGAGAGAUUGCUACUUUUGUGAAGACGGAGGAAGAAAGACCCUUUGCUGCAUCCUUGCCUAGGUUUCCAAUUGCUCGAAGCCCGAAACUGAUGCCUAGCUUUGCUGAGGUUGGGAGGGCCGCAGGUGGAAAACACAUACCUGAAUGGCUUCCUUCUUUUCCUGAUACGCACACAUAUAUUUACACGCCAGUAUGGAAUGAGAGAAGCACCGACCUUCGCGCAGAUAAGCUCGAACAAGUGAGGCAGCGGAGGAAGGCUGAGAGGUCAUUGUUGAAUUUACAGCAGCGUCUUGCUUGCAAUAGCACUUCUGGGGUUUUGCCGACGGUUGAUGUUGAUUCUAAGAAAGGGAAGCAGGUGGUUGAGAGCAAUCCAUUUCUUGCUCCACCUUUGUUGAAUGGAGAGAGAGAAGUGUCGGAGAUUGUUAUUCCUAGUGAAACAGCCUCUACUAAAAGGUUUUCAGUGCUUGGGACUUUUGCGCCUGCAUUUGAAGCUGCAAAAAGUGGGAUGCUUGAUGCUGGAGGAGAUGAAAGGAGAGCUCUUCCUAACAACAGGCCCGUAGUGACCUUCAAGUUUGGAAUUGCCAAGAAAUCUAUGGCAGCGUCAUUGUCUUUGGAUAUUUCUGAUGGCAAGAAGGGUUCCUGGUUGAGGGAUGAUGAGAAGGACGACAAGAAGCGGAGAGCAGAGAUGAUUCUCAAGCAAGCCAUGGAGAACCCACAAGAACUAGCUCAGCUGUGAAGUAGUUUGUUGAUGGGCUUUCUUUCAUGUGUUGUAACAAUGUUGUUGGAAGUGUAUCAAGACUGGUUGUACUCCUGACCUCAGUUUCCUGUUGGAUUUAUUCAUGUAAGUAACGUCAGGUCAUACCAGUUACACCAUGAAUGUCUGACGCAGCAUAUUACAACUGAAAUGUUGAUGGGCUAAUUGGCAUUGGACCUUCUCUCACCACAGUCAGAUCAGUGGUUUCCUUUUUGAAUCAUCUACAGUUCUUUCAUCCUCAGAAAUUUCAGCCUCUUGAUAAUUGGCAUUUAUAAUCUGGCUGUACAGACAAUAAGGUGCUGACAACUCUUGGGUAGAACAUUCGAAUGGAAAGAUUCAUUAAUUCAUAGCAUGCAUAGAAAAAGGGGUUGUUUUUUAUGGACAUGAAGGAGUGUGGCAUUUCAGUCUUUUAUUACUCCGAUGGAGAAUAGUUCAAUUUCUCCACCCACAGCGCUGCCGCUGCGAGUUGAUGAUGGGUAUUUAACUGCAUAUUGUUUGUUGUCAUAGCCCUAUGUAAACAUUUACAAAUUGCCAGGGCUUCUAUUACUUAGGUACAGCAAGGUGGCAUAUUUAGUUUAACCCGUAAAGUCAUCUAAGGAGCUUGUCAUUCUUCAGUGGGGCUGAAUUUUUAUGUUAGCUGUGGAAGUAUUUAAUUUCCAUUUGUUCUGCCUGAUUGAGACAUCAGACAGGUUUUAUCCAGCUCGUACUAUCUAUGUGUUGACAGCGCAGGGCGCUUCUUAGUUUUUUACUUGCAUACUUAGUUCAAUGUUCAAUCAUGGUGAGAAAGAGGCCAUUGGUAGGGGUGCAGCUUUUGGCAUAUUAUGAAGUGUCUCUUUCAGUUGGUGCUUCAUCAUUCUUUUUGUAGUAUCUUCUUAUACAGGGAGAAAUGUACGAGGGAUAUUUUCAUGAAUAUGAUAUCCUAACAAGAAUUUUUCGGGGAGAGGCACCAAACAUACUGAAUUUGUUGAUUCUCGUGAUAUAGCCAUCAAUAUUAUUUGCUUCGAGGUUCUGGACCUCUGGAAUUUAAUUACAUUAAUGUCAGUCGCUGCUGUAUGAAUCCUAUUAUGCAAUGUAUACAACUUCCAUUUUGUAUAAUCUCUAGUUUUAGGUGGUUUUUCAGACUUGUUCUGAAAUAUUGUGUAACUAGCUGAUAAAAGCUUAAGAGGUUGCACAUGUAAUAGGUUCCAUAGCUCAAUGCUGUAUCUGACUGUCUAUUGUAUAAUUUCGUCUUCAUUUGUGUAAUUAUACGUUAGUUUUUUCCCCCUUCUACUGUUUA